GUUCCAGGCCAGAGCAGGCUAUGAAGUGCCACUCGGCAGGAGUAAAAAGAUUUCCACACUGAACGAUAGGAGCAGUCGGCAGAGUAUAGACAAAUAUAUAUAUUUUACAAGUCGAAAUGGAACCAGCGGCCCGCAAACGUAAAACUCUGUUCAGCCAGGAUAAUAAACCUGUGACCAAAAAAACUUGCACCUUGCCUACGAAAGCAGCUCCCUUGUCACUACUUCAAACAGUUAAGAAACCCCUCAAGAAGUUCUCUUCUGAUCUUUCGAAUCUGCCAGAUAUUCCCGCGAUCGAUGCUUUUGAGCGGGGCUAUCAAGUAGAAUCUAUUUUGGAUAUGGUGCAAAACACCCACAAGGAGCAGUUUCUUCUGAUAAAAUUCAAGGACCUCCACGAACCCGAAUUGGUUCCUUUGGAACUCGCCCUGGAUCAUGUUCCUCACCUGCUUUCCAGUUUCUACCAGGAAUAUGCCCAGGCCUGGCAGAAACUGGAACAGCAGAAGAAGGAUGCUUCCCCCCAAAUUUAAGGAAGAAAUUGAAGACUUCAGUUGAAGUGCGAAACUGCCACGCAUUUAUGGCGCAUCCUUUUGUGCAGUCCCGCGUCGAGUUUUAAAUAAUUUUAUGCCUAUUUGGCUCGUGCAGCUCGCAAAAUUUCACACCUCAGCCAUCAAAAGUUGGGGCGGACGUGCGUGCCAGAAGUUUCUGCCAUACGUAAAUAAAGGAUACCGAAAGGAUAC